GCCUCACGCUUGGUGCUCAUUUCCAGGAAACUCAACCAUCGUUGAUCCACGAUGCUAUAAAUUCUGCAUCGCGAUGAUGUACUUAUCACAUCUGAACACCAAGUCACCGGACAUGAAAGCUCACGCCGUGGCGGCAGCCCUCCUGACGGUGGCGCUGGCCGCGACGGCCGGCGCCGUCACGUACGAGGUGAACAACGCGGCGUCGAGCACCGCCGGCGGGCAGCGGUUCGACCGGGAGUACGGCGGCGACUACGCCAAGCAGGUGCUCGCCGGCGCCUCCUCCUUCACCUGGAGCAUCUUCAACCAGCCGAGCCCCGCCGACCGGAGCCCCGUCGACGCCGUCAUCCUCACCGUCGGCGACGUCGGCGGCAUCGCCAGCACGGACCGCAACAACAUCACGCUCGGCGCCGGCUAUGUUGCCGGCAUCACCGGCAACGACUUCAAGGAUCAGGUGACCGGAGUGCUGUACCACGAAGUGGUCCACGUGUGGCAGGCGGGGCUGCAGGACUACGGGUCGCACCCGUGGGUGUACGAGGGGAUCGCCGACUUCGUGCGGCUGAAGGCCGGCUACAUCGCCGCCGGCUGGGCGCAGCCGGGGCAGGGGGGCAGCUGGGAGGAGGGCUACUCCGUCACGGCGAGGUUCUUCGACUACUGCGACGGCAGCGUCAAGCCGGGGUUCGUCGCCGGCCUCAACGCCAAGCUCAAGGGCGGCUACGACGCCGACUACUUCGUGCAGAUCACCGGCAAGACCCUGCAGCAGCUGUGGCAGGACUACAAGGCCAUGUACGGCAACUGAAUCGAAUGAAAAGACACACAAGAUUACUACCGUCAGUGAUUGGUAUAGAUUAUUAUUGAGUUGUAACUCAUAUAGCUGAGGAGUACUGGGGUUUAUACAAUUGCUGUAUUGCUUACUAAUGAUGGAAUAAAACAUUGAUACCAUGUAUAAAAUAUA